AUGCGCCCCCAUUUUCUCGUUCCUCUUCUCGGAGCUCACACCCCUACGGUGCCGGCCAUCUUCGCGGUCGCCGCCAUGGCUCGAGCUGAUCGUAAGUGCUUUGCUUGUGGGGACAAGGGGCACCUGGCUAAAGCGUGCCCGCGCGUUCAACGCAGUCAG